CUUUUAACACUACAAAAAUCAGAAAAUAUGUUACUUCAAACGGCAGCAAUUUGAAUACUUGCGACAAAUAUUUGGGUAUGCUCAUUCCUAUGGACGAAGAAACAAGUGAUCGAAUCGGUACUAUUUACCUCGAAGCGGAUUAUCAAACUUUCGGAAAGAACGAAACCCGCAAUGGUUAUCAACAUAUGCCAAGCAAUUAUGAACUUCAUUGUAUGUUAUCUAAGAACGAACACGGAAUGAAUGGAAACGUACCUUACAUCAAUCUGAAAGGAGAAAAGUCAAUUUUAAAUAAUGCCGGUGAUAAUACCGUAAUUGUUGAAGAUAGCUUACUCCUAAUAUACCUUAAUGAAUUUACUGCGAAUUUUAAAUUUCUUCUAUGGGAAUGUUACUGUGGAAGCGUAUUGUUAUAUGACAAAGAUGAUGAAAUAACUGUUGACGCAAGUAGUAGUAACGAAAUACCAAAUAAAGAUAAUUUCUCAAAAUGUGCAGUUCAUAAGUACACGAUAAUCCGUCAGUUAGGGCAGAUAAAAUAUGGAACUUUAUAUGAGCUUAUCAAAAAUGAACACAGGUUUACCAAGGACGAAUUAGUCGCCCUUGCAAAGAAUAUGAGUGCCACAUUAAAUGAAUUUCAUGAGAAAGGACUUGUAUAUAGGGAUUUAAAACCCUCCAAUAUUCUAAUAGAUUUAUCGGUAACUCUUUUAAUGUAA